AUGUCCCGUCUGCCGGCGCGAUCGCAUGCACCGCCAUCCGCCGUCCUAUUGGUCGACGAUGAGCACGCAGCACUACCACAACCGAGGACCUACCGCCGCGCGCACCCAAACCGCCCCUUCCAAAUGCGCCGCAUCGGUCGUUCCCCCGUAAGCAGCCCCACAGGCAUCAAGGCCCGGUCAGCACGUUCACCGUUCAACCUAUCGUGCGGCGCCAUUUGCUUGCGGGCGAGCGAAGGUCAGGGCGCGGCAAUACAAGGCGACGUCAGGUCGUCCCAUGGUCACGCCAUCUCCGCGCCCGCACCAGCAGUGUUCGAGUACCACGGCCCGGUCAGCGCAUGCUUCGUCGAUGCGUGUGCAGAUACUCUCGCGCUGCAAUCAUCGCGGCGGGCGGCGGUCAGCCGUCCUCCGCGGUAUCCCACACACCCACUUGUUACGGGCACCUCCCGCUACUAUCUGCCGUCGGCGGUCCUCCUUGAUAGUGACAACAAAUGGACGCCCGGCCAGAAGCAUUACACCCGUGUCGUCAGUCUCACACCCCCUGAUACAACGGUCUACACUCCUAUAUUGAUGCCUGACUCGUAG